GGGAAGAGUAAGACAAUUAAAAUCUUUUUUUUUUUUUUCUGUUUUUUGCAAUUCAUUAAAUAAAGUUAAUUUCGAGUAGAAAAAAAAAAUGACUUCGUUUUAUGAUGAGAUUGAAAUUGAAGACAUGGAAUUUAACGAAGAAGAGCAACUUUAUACAUAUCCUUGUCCUUGUGGUGAUAAAUUCGAGAUCUAUUUAGAUGAUCUUAAAGCAGGUGAUGAUGUGGCUCGAUGUCCUUCUUGCUCGUUAAUUAUUCGAGUUAUUUAUGAUCCUGAUGAUUUUAUUGACGAAGAGGAAGAAGAGGAAGAAACAACGUUUGAAGUAGAUUCAAGUAUUCUUGUGUCUUAAUAAUUUACAUACAUAUCACAUAUUUUAUACACAAAAUUCAUCCAGUCAUUUGCAUUAUUAUUAUUAUUUUACC